UCGGGCAGUGAACGCACCACGCCUGUCUGCUCUCUAGUUAAAGUAUGGCGGCCGGGUCUUGCGGAGGAGGAUAACUUCUUCUAGAUUCCUUCCAGAAAACUGUAGGAAGGCGACGGCUAUAACUCUAAACCGCCACGGCAAACACGACCUGGACUGAGAUAGACGACGACAGUGCAACUUGUGGCUUGAAUCGAGCCAUUUUCCUGGAUGAUAAUCGGGUUGGUGUGAUGCGUGAGGACCUGCAGUCAAGAAACUCCCCUGAUUUUUUUCCGCGUCUGUUUUUGCCGACUGUCAGUUAGCCGGCUAUCUGUUCGGUAGCUCACCAGCUUCAUGCUAACGGUCGCUUGUAGUGCUCCGCAGUAGCCAAACGACGAGCUAGCUUGCUGCUUAUAUUUGCUCCAGGAGACAGGGAUGGCAUUUCGCCUCCAUUCGGUAAGCGAACUGGUUGAGAAGGGUGGGGAGAAAACAUUUGAGGACCUGGAUGAUAACUUUAUCAGCACUCAUUAGCCUAGCCUAGCCUAGCCUAGCUUAGCCUAGCUUGGUGGUUCAACGCCAGAAAACGUUGGCCGACAGUUAGCGCUUCGCCUGUCCGCUAGCGAGCUAGCCAAUUAGCAUUUUAGUUGCACAAGAAGACCCGCUAAUCCCCAGUUCAUCCCGUCUGAGUGUUUUGAAGCUUCUGCACUAACUAAUUCAGAGGAACAGUGGGGACUGAACUGCUUUAGUUGGCGAACCUUAAAUUGACCGUUAAUGGGCUAUAACUCAGGGGUGUUUUGGCUUUCAGUCGUUCUUGCUAGGUAUCGUUAGCGAUUUUAUAGGUGUUCUCUGGAGGGAGUGGUAAUGUUAGGUAGCUAGCUAGGGUUCCCUGUAUCAGGGCAACAAGGUCACUCACAUUAUGUCAGGUUUUAAAUGACGAAUAGAUUACAAAUGACACAUUACUGAACGCCAAACGUGUGUGAACCGAUUGGCGUGCGGCACAUUGGGGUGUGUGCCUGUUGUUAGCUUGCUGCAAGACAAGACUUAACACAGCUAGAAAGCGCGCAUCAAUUUGGUUAACUGCUCAAGAUAGGCAUCAGAUAUAGUUUCUUUGACUGAUUAGGCAUUUGAUCAGUAGUCACAGGUAUUGGUGUGAGCUGUUGAUAUCUUGGGGGACCUAAAGAUCAAGUCUGUGGUGGCUGACUGGCUUCCUUGCCCGAUUCAGUGCUGGAAGAGUUUGAUGGACGUGGAAGGCUGUUUGCCAGACUGUCAGUGCUAUACUCAGUCAUGUAUGUCUUGACACAUGGCACCCUGGUAUGUACGUAGUGCCUGCUGUCAGAUAUAAGUGUCGUUAUGUAGCUUUGGUGGUCAGCGAAGGGAAUGUCUUGUCUUUUUUAUUCCUGUUGGUUUGUUUUUUAUUUUCAUUUUUUUUCAAACACAGGAGAGUCUUGUUGAAACAAAGUGGGAAAGCGGUGCAGCCCGGGCUGUGUACAGUGGACAAUGUUUAUUAGUUAGUGCCUAGAAGCUUAGAGGACUAACAAUUCUGCCUACACGUAGGCCACAGAUAUUGUAGAUUAUUCACUGGGGAUUGCAACAGAAGCCUGCCACUCUGGAUCAAGAAAACUUGUCCCUCGUGUCUGGUUGGAGUAACACUCUCAAGCCAAAAUCAAUGCCUUCAGCACUGGCCGUGUUUGCCUGCCGACCCAACUCGCAUCCAUUCCAGGAGCGGCAUGUGUACCUGGAUGAGCCAGUCAAGAUUGGCAGGUCGGUGGCUCGGUGUCGCCCGGCCCAGAACAAUGCCACCUUCGACUGCAAGGUGCUAUCCAGGAAUCAUGCCCUGGUUUGGUUCGACCACAAGACUGGCAAGUUCUACCUGCAGGACACUAAAAGCAGCAACGGGACGUUCAUCAACAGCCAGAGGUUGAGUCGUGGUUCGGAGGAGAGUCCACCCUGCGAGGUCCUCUCCGGAGACAUCAUUCAAUUUGGUGUUGACGUCACUGAGAACACACGCAAAGUCACCCAUGGCUGCAUCGUGUCAACAAUCAAACUCUUCCUACCUGAUGGGAUGGAGGCACGCCGUCGAAGCGAUGUCAUCCAGGCUCCGUUACCACUACCUGUAGACAAGGUUGCAGCCAACACUCCCAGUAUGUAUUCUCAGGAACUGUUCCAGCUCUCCCAGUAUCUACAGGAGGCCUUACACAGAGAGCAGAUGUUGGAGCAGAAGCUAGCCACUCUGCAGCGUCUUUUAGCCACCACCCAGGAGGCAUCAGAGAGCAGCUGGCAGGCUCUGAUCGAUGAGGACCGUCUGCUCUCCAGACUGGAAGUGAUGGGCAGUCAGCUGCAGUCUUACUCUAAGUCCCAGACGGAAGAAGGGAUCCGUAAGGAGCUCUUGGCGCUUCAGGAGGACAAACACAACUAUGAGACGACAGCGAAGGAGUCUCUGAGGAGAGUCCUGCAAGAGAAGAUCGAGGUGGUCAGGAAGCUGUCCGAGGUGGAGCGCUCACUCAGUAACACGGAGGAUGAGUGCACCCACCUGAAGGAAAUGUCUGAGAGGAGCCAGGAGGAGCUGAGGGAGCUCGCUAACAAAUACAAUGCCGCUGUCAACGAGAUCAAAGAGCUCACAGACAAAAUCAAGGCGGCGGAGGGCCGGCAGGAGGAGCUGACCCAGCGGGGAGCGACAGAGAAGAGGGAGUUGGAGCUGCGGAUCGAGGAGAUGGAGGAGAAGGAGCAGGUUCUCCAGGCUCGCAUCGAGGCUCUGCAGGCCGACAACGACUUUAGUAAUGAGAGGCUCGCUGCUCUGCAGGAUGUCGACAUUGUCUCCCACGGACCAGUAGAAGAGCCUGUCGAGGACAAACAGAGCCGGCAGACACCUGAGAGCCACGAGGAAGACGAAGAUGAGGAGGAUACAGACACCGAUGAUGGUGCAGUUGGUGAAGAUGAAGAUAUUGAUGACAACUGUCAUGUUAACAGCAGCGGAGGAGACUCGACUAGAAUCCAACAGUUGAUUGAGUGUCCGCCGGUCAAACAGCUGAAGGAAACUGUAACUUCCUCAAUCCACAAACUUGCCAACUUUGACGAAGUGAUGGACGCCCACCUACAGAACAACCAGACUGCAGAAGACGACAUCCUGGCCAGCCCUGACCGACUCAAAGGGAAUCAGAUGGAUGCCAAAGAGUCAGACAUGUCAGACACGCUGAGUCCUAGCAAAGAUCGCAGCAGUGAUGACACAUCAGACGGCAACAUGGACGACCAGGAACUGAAUGAGCCACAGAACAGAGUAGCUCUGCUCAAAGCUGAGUUGCAUCGGGCCGGUCUAGAGCCUGGAGACACGGAGCAGGUCAUCCACCAUCUCCACAGAGAGCUUCUGGAGGCCCAGGAAUUAGCCAACACCGGCAAGCAGAAAUGUCUGGAGCUACAAGCUCUGCUGGAGGAGGAGAGAAGGAGUAACUCUCACCUGACUGAGGAGUCAACCAAACAGAUCCAGUACUUGCAGACUCAGCUUGGGAAGCUGCAGGCUGACAUGGAGGCACUGAGGGAGCAGAGGGAGAGUACCAUCUGCAGCACCAGAGAGGAGCUCUACUCCGCCCAGGAGGAGAUUCUUGUCCUGCGGCACGCCAUGGAGGCAGCCACGGCAGAGCGGGAGCGUGAGAUCGCCGCCCUGCAGGCCGACCUGGGCAGCGUGCGCUCUGAGCUGGAGCACUGGAGGAAUACGGCCGCCAAGUACGAGGAGGAGAUCAGCCGCCUGCAGGAGGCCUUCACACAGCAUCAACAGCAGCAGAGCACCGCCAACCAGCUGCACGUGGAAUGUGUUGCAUUGCAGCAGCGGUGUGUAUGUUUGCAACAGGACUGUGAUGGCCUGAGAGCUGAACGAAAAGCUCUUAUGGACAAACUGCACCGCCUGGAGGCUGAGCUGAGCAGCACCAGGGAGCAGAGUCUGGUCCUCAGCAGCAGCCUGGAGUCUUUGGAGAAGAGGGAGGAGGUUCUGCAGGACAAGCUGGGUUCUCUGGAGAACCAACACUUGCAGGACGCAAGCAGGCUGAAGAGCCAGUUGGACCAGGCCCAGGCUCGCACACACACACUGCAGAGAGAGUAUGAAGACACACAGUCCCAGCUGUUGGACCUCCGUCAGCGCUACGAGCGAACAGAGCAGGAGAAGCUGAACAUCCACCAGGAGCUGGAGCAGUGCAGGAGCAGCCUAAAGCUGCUGCAGGACAAGACCAGCUCUCCAUCCAUAUUGCAGCCUGUCCAAGCCAUAUUCAUGGGCCUUGUCCUGGCUAUGCUCUACUGGUGUUUCGGCCAGUUGUGGUAGAAAGAGCGGCUGGAGCCCCUGGAUGCCGGUCAUCGCAGUGAUGGUCGCCGUGACGGCAGCCGUCCUCUACCCCAACCUCUCCAAGAGCAGCUCCACCUAGGACACACAAACACACACCUACAAACACAAAGAGGAGAGCAUCACUGCUUUACUUGUAUAAAGUCUAAUUGUACAUAAUUGUAGAGGGAAUAUAAAGGUUGUGGUUUCUACAGAGGAUUCAGAUGCUUCUUAGUUUAUUAUUAUUUUGUUUUUUGUUUUGUUUUUUUUCUGCGACGGGGAGUUCUAUUGUCGUUUGUAUUCUCUGCUCUCUCUCAGCUCUGGUGGGGGCUUUUUGGUUUUCGUCUCUCUGCUGAUUUCUGGGUAACAAAUCGUUCUCUAGCAGGCCGAGCCUCCACACAAAAAAAAACACGCCUCGGGUGACGUUCACACCCGUCCCGUCAUAAACGAACAGGCUGGCGGUGAAUGCAACGCUUUCCAGCAGCCUCGGUGCAGUCGGGGGAACUUGAUCCGCGUUCAUCACUGACAACUGACAGGUCUGCGUCUUCUAGUAGGAGCAUCUGCACACCGUUGAAUAAAGCUCAGUAUUUACCUGUAGCUCUGUCAGGGCUGCAGUGUUUUAUCAACACUCAGGAGGGUUCUUAGGCAGGCUGACAUAUUUUGAUAUUCGGUAUCUUCACAUGUUCCUCUUGACUUUGAACCGCCUCUUUAUUCAGCUUUAAUUUUACUCAUUAAAUUCUUCAAACCCGCUCAGUGUUUUCACUUCCCUCCCUAAAAAUGUAUCUUUGAAAUCUUCAGUAUCAGUCAUCUGUCCCUAUCCCUUUCUUAGAGCGAGAUGAUUACUUUUAGAUUGUAGCUGCUGAUAUUUGGUGCCGGUAUACUUUAAAUAUUUGAAUUUGGUCUUUUUCAUGCCAAAAAAUCGGCAUUAUUCCUUUUUCUUCUUGUCAGUUUGGGAUAUUCUUGCUGAGACAAAGAACAAUGAUUAAAAUCAUAUUUAAACUUCAUCCAAAUAAUUUGUUAAUGUCAGUUCAGUUUUAACGUUAAAUCACCAACUUGGCAAAGCAGGUAACUGCUUCAGACCCCUAGGGGUCCGAGUGGCCUCAAUUUGUCUAUGAAGCAUUAACUUGGAGGAAGGUGAAUACAUCUCGCACUGUUCCUUAUAGAAAUUAAUCGGGGAGGGAAAUCCAUAGCCACAACACACGGGUUGUAUUCAAAGUCAGUUAAACAAAUAAUGUCUUUAUAUUAUGUCAAGAGGGUCCCACUGCUCAUUUAUGCCCUGGGUCUGAAUUUAAUAAAAAGACAAUAUCAACUCCAGACAUCAGUAAACCAAUAACUUAAAUCCACACUAAAAUGCUGCAUUAAUACUUCAUGAAAAUCACAAAUUGAGCAAAAACAGUGAUAAAGAGUGUAUCAGUUAACCACCUUCAGUAUUGUAGUCAACCGUGUACCUGAGUCUGCUGGAAAAUGUUCACAUAAAGGCAGUUUCAGGAAGCCCUGCUCUGUUCUGGUAUGAGUCGGCCAUGUUGGAUGUCUAACAUGGGGUUUUCUCUGUGUUUUGUUUUUUUCUUUUCGUGGGAGUUUGUUGGGUCGGGGUUGAAACUUGAAACCAAAUUAUUCAAAUAAAAAUCAGAUUUAUUUCCUUUGUUUUUGAAUUUUGGGGGCACAGAAAAGGGGGUCGAAGUGCCUCUGAUGUAACUAACACCACCGUUUGUGUAUGUGUGCGGGCAAACAACUAUACACACACACACACACACACACACACAAACCCACACACUUUCUCUGAUAAACACACACAUACAAACCCACACACUUAGUUUAUAUAACUGUCAGAGGUCUGUUGAUGUGUGUGGAGAGAAGCUGUACAUUGGUAAUACACAAUGUCUUGGCUUUUUCCAGAGCUUUCAACUGCUACUCAUGGCCUUCAACAGCGCAUAGAGUUAGCUCAUUGGGUUCGUUCACAACAACUGAACCCACCCAAUGACAACUGAGCUAAAUCUAUGUGUUCAUGAAGCUUGUGAGACGGGGCUUAAAAGCUCAGAAAAUAGCUAGUAAGUGGACCUUGAGAUAAAAUUUUGUCAAAUCAUUAUUGUGGUUUCAUCCCAAUAAUUUAUAUCAGCUGGAUGACGAUUGUAAGCCGCGUUAGCAUCUUUAGGGCGACAGUGUUGGCCUGUUGGCUCAACACUUUGUCCAGAUUAAAAUAUCUCGGCGACUGUUGCAUGGAUUGUAAUUUUGUUCCCAGAGGAUGAAUCCUAAUGACUUUACUGAUUUUCUGACUUUUCAUCCAGUGCCACUGUUUGGUCAAGACAUCCACUUGUCAAUCACUUGAGCUCAUGACAGGAUAGCUCAAAAACAACUGAAUUCUCAUCAGUAUAUUAACUGUCCUCAUGUUAAUAAGGACAGUUACUGUUAGCUUUAACAUAGCUUGUUAACAUGAUAAAAAAACAAGUUGAAGAUACCCUCUGGAGUAACCUUUGUAAACUUUUUUUUUAAAAAUUGCAUUUAGCUGACCAAAACUCAUUGUAUGUGUCAAUCAUGGAUGUAUUUGAAGCUUUGGCUUGAUGGACACCACCACUCAGCUUUGCGAGGAGAACCUGGCAGCAGCCUGCAGAACGGGGCAGGGUUCAACGUUGAAAGUUUAGUCCCACCCAGUAACUCCAACCGUAACCAAUCGCAAUGACGUGUAACCUCCCCAAUUUCGACAGUAAAGCCAAUCAUGAAACCACGGUGGGCGGGAGCCCCGCACUGUUCUGCAGGCUGCAGGCAGGUAUACCUGAGCUUUGCUACCUUUUUCCCCUAGUGGUCACUUGCGGUGCUGCAGCGAAAAAGGCAUCUGCAGCCCAAAAAAAGCGACAUCUGUAAAACUGUUGAUGGGACACCUUGAUCUGUAAGGUCAAUUAUUGGUCUGUUACCAAGUUUUAAACCAUGGAGGUUUAAUGACUUGAAACCAUGGAGGUUUAAAACUUAAAACUUUCCCAGAGCCUAGAAAAGACAUUUUAGGCUGUGACGUCAUCCCAAUAUAAAGUCUAUGUGAAACGUGGGAGAAACACGUGUGUGUGUGCAGUAGGCUGCACAACCGAAUCCUAAAAGCUACAGAAAAAAUGUCACUUAUGCGCAUGGAAGUUAUCAGUCAAGUGAAAAGGCGCCAUCUUUGAGUCCAGUAUCCAGUGUGUAUAAUACAUCCAUAGUGUCAAUCCAAUUCCUUCCUCUUAAACAUUUUCAGUGCCAGUUUUUUUUUUGUUUUUGUUUUUAGAAAAUAUUUUUAAAUCCUAAAUUGCUUUAACCCAUGUUUGCUAGCUUGCAGUUGACGUUCCUUACCUUUUACAGGCCCAUCGCUGCACAUCCUGGCACUUUACCACAGUCAGCCAUUGAUUAAUGGAAUAACAUGAAACCUUUGGCAGAAUUGUGUCUCGUAAAACCAUUGCUCCAUAGUGCUAAUAGUAGCCAAACAAUCUUUAGAGUAUGUUUGAAGCUGUGGUAUAAUUCAGCACAAAGUCCAUUUUAGAUUGAUGAGCCAAGUCUACAGGGCAUGGAGCUGAGUCAGAGGUGCCCUGAUUGCCACCAUAUAUAGGAUAAUGCCACGUUCAUGUCUAAAUUGAGUUUUUUUUAUUUACUUGUAAAAGCGUUCGGGUCAACAACCAAGACGUAAUUACAGCUGGGAACGCUCGGAUAUGUCGCCUUAAUGGCGCUUAAUAAAUGGGAGUGUCGAAAGUGAAAUAUGGACACCAUACACAGUACGUCCACCAUAAUCGUAUAAUCCUUCAAUUUAAAGUUAAUUACACCCAAAUGUGACAGAUAUAGUGCUGUUUUUUCAAAGCACAGUGUUUUUAACCCAUCAUGUGACCAACUCUUUAGUCGCACAACUGUCGUGAACAUUAGAAAAUCAUAAACAUGACAAUCUUUCUCAUCUCUAUCAUCCAUCGCAUAUGACAUGAACUUAGACUUUUAAUUUGGAGAACAACGUGUUAUUUCCUCUGGUGCCACGCUCAGCACAAACUUUACAUUUUUUUGCCCCACUUUGGGGAAACAGCUAAGGAUAAAAAAAGUCGUCUCCUCAGUUUUCCUCCAUCUAAGGUUUGAUAUUUCUUAUGAGUAAUGAGCUUUACAGCCUCACAGGGCAUCGUGCAUUACCACAGAGUUCAGUUAAGGUAUCGAGCAAGAGUUUUUUUUUUUUUGUGUGUGUUUAUUUGUUUGUUUUUUUAGUUUUCAGCUCUUGAAAAGUCUCAAACUGAAAAACGUGUCCUAAACUUGUAACAGAGAAGAUAACUGUCAGUAUUACUUAAAAAAAAAUAAAUAGACGAAACGUACUGAUUAUCAACAUGGUUUUAUAUUUGUUUCAAUAUUCUGUGAUAAACGUCAGACCAGUUGAGCAUUGUUGUCCUCCACUCCUCCAUCUCCUCUCCAAACACAGUUGAACAAUUCAGGCCUCUGCUGUUAGCAGACAUUAGAUUAUUUCAAGGUGUGUGUGUUUGUGUGUGUGUGUGUGUGUGUGUGUGUGUGUGUGUGUGUGUGUGUGUUUGGUUCACACUCUGGACUCUGGAGCAACGUUUGUCAUCAUUCGUGUACUCUGUCUUGUUUCUGUGUUUUAAAAAAAAAAAAAAAAAAAAAAAAAA